AUGGACAGGAGGACAUUCCACAUAUUGAGUCAGAGAUUGGACUACUUGGAGUUGCUCUGCAACAGCAGACAGCUCACCAGUAACGAUACACAUCCAUCGGUUCUUGUUCAGCUCUCUCAGCUACACUCAAACCUAAAGGAGAUCGUAGCAUCAAACUACUCUCGCUACUCAGAUUUGUUUCAAAUCAUAUCCCAUCACAAUCUUUGGAGCGAAGUGCCCUCUCACCAGAUCGAUGCUAUUGCUGAGCUACCAUCAAAUUAUGACAACCCUCAUUUAAACUCUCAGAAUACCAACGACACCAAAGAUGUGGAGAUCAAGAAAAAACUCAUCUUAUCAAAUGAAGACGAUUUGAAAUGCAUAAUCAAAAACAUCAACGACUUAUCCUCGCUCAAUUCGAUGAAAUUGAUCAACAAAAAUUUCGCUGACCUUGAUCUACUAGACCAGAAAUACAAUCUUCUUCUUCUCAAGAAAUCGCUAAACGAUUCUUUUUUUCCUAACCGCUACCACCCUUUGUUUAUAAAAUCAAUUGCUAUAGCCGAAGGUUACAUAAAUCUCAUCAACAAACAAAACAAGUUCUUGGUCCAUAUCGAAGAAUCUUUACUAAAUCUUGACCUAUCGCUUCGAAAAAAGGAAAUCGCCAUAUUUAACAAAGAAUCUUACUGA